AUGGACCCGGUGCUGGGCGGAAACGCGUCCGGAUGGGGCUGCGGGGGCCCCUGCGACAACAGCAGCGAGGACUACGACUGGUCGGGCGCUCUGGGCCAGCAGGAGGCACUGUUCAGCGUGCCAGAGCUGAUCCUGGUGACGGCAGUGUGCGUGCUGCUGCUGGCAGUGGGGCUGGUGGGAAACACGCUGACCAUCUUGGUGGUGCGGCUGCGGCGAGACCUGCGGAGCACCACCUACCUGUACUUGUGCAGCAUGGCCUUCUCCGACAUCUUCAUCUUCCUGCUUAUGCCCAUCGACCUCUAUAAGCUGUGGCGGUACCGGCCCUGGCUCCUGGGUGACCUGGCCUGCAAGCUGUCACAGUUCGUGAGCGAGGGCUGCACCUACUCCAGCAUCCUGCACAUCACGGCGCUCAGCGUGGAGCGCUACCUAGCCGUGUGCUUCCCGCUGCGCGCCAAGGUGCUGGUGACGCGCGGCAAGGUGAAGGUGCUGAUCGCGCUGCUGUGGGCGCUGGCGCUGGCGAGCGCUGGGCCCGUCUUCGCCCUGGUGGGCGUGGAGGAGCUGGAGGAGGGCGGGGAGAGCGAGUGCCGCUGCACGCAGUACGCCGCCAGCUCGGGCCUGCUGGGCGCCAUGCUCUGGCUCUCCAACCUCUACUUCCUGGUGCCGCUCUGCUGCCUCAGCCUGCUCUACGGCCUCAUCGCCCGCAAGCUGUGGCACCGGCGGCGCUGCGCCGGCCGUGACCGCGCCAACCGGCAGACCGUUAAAAUGCUGGCGGUGAUUGUCCUGGCCUUCGUGCUCUGCUGGCUGCCCUUCCACGUGGGCCGCACCCUGUUCUCUGUGUCCCUCAGCAGCAGCCCGGACAUGUACUACGUCAGCCAGUACUUCAACCUGGUGUCCUUCGUGCUCUUCUACCUCAGCGCCGCCAUCAACCCCAUCCUGUACAACACCAUGUCGGCGCGCUACCGCUCCGCGGUCCGCAGCCUCCUGGGCCUCCCCGCGGCCGGGGCCGAGGGCUCCCAGGGCCGGGGCCUGCCCUCGCCCCUCCCCGCCUUCCCCCCCUUCACCCCUCAGCACUCCCAGUCCACCACCAACCUGUGA